AAUGUUAUUUGAUAAGAAUUUAAUGGAAAAUUUCCAUCAAAAUACAAAGAACCAAUUCUUUGCUUUUGUGGGGAGAUUUGUUAUGCUCGUGUGAAAACACAAUAAUAACAUCUCUCUGUACUUUCAUUUGUCAAAAAGUACGUUAAAAUCUCAACAAACCAUUUUUAAAAAACGUUUUUUUUAUUUAUCAUACUCAACCAUAUAGCAACGAAUCCCUAUAAAAUAGUUCUUAUCUUUUUCUUAAAAAAACAAAACCUAGAUCACUUCUCUUAUAUAUACAUCACUGCGUAUCCAGUCAUUCUCAAAGUAAAAAAAAUCAUCAAGAAAAAGUAUAGUUUUCCCAAAAGUUAAACUACUAGUUUUUGUUUCUGUUAUCAUUACUUCAUGGCGUUUUUUCCAGUAGUCUCCAAUAGUUUUUGUCUAUCAUGAGUUUUUAUUUCUGUAUUUUAUAUGUUUAUAAUCACUUACGUGUGUAUAUAUCAUAUAAUCUGAUUUUAUAUGAAUGUGAAAGAUGACUAAUAAAAGUAUAUUAUUUCUGUAUUAGGAUGGAAACUGGAGAACCGUCACUACCAAAAAAAGCUAGAGCUGGAUAUCUGCAAUGGACAUCUCAAGAGAGUCAAUUGUUGAUGCGCCUUCUAGUUGAUGGUAUCAGGCGGGGAUGGCGUGAUUCAAAUGGCUCCAUGACCAAAACAACAGUCGAGGCGAAGAUAUUACCGGUUCUAAACAAACAGCUUCGAUGCAAUAAGAGUUACAAGCAUUACACAAAUCGAAUGAAAUCUUUGAGAAAAGAAUAUAAUGGUUAUGCUGAGCUUUUGCGAUGUAGCUCUGGUUUUGGCUGGGACCCUAUCACAAAACGAUUCACAGCUCCAGAUGAAGUAUGGAAAGAAUAUUUUAAGGGACAUCCAAACUCUGAAAAUAUGCGGGACAACACUUUUGAAGAUUUUGAAGACUUACAAAUCAUUUUUGAAAGUGCUACAGCAAGGGGAAACAACUCAUUUGGACUCGGUGAUGAUGCAAAUGCUGAAGCUUUUGAAGUUGAGAAUGAUUUUCAAGAAAAAGAAGAUGAGAUUCAUACAGAGAAUGUCUAA